AGAGGGAGCGCGCGCCGUCAAAGAAUCAAAUAUCCCUUCACAAUUGUUCCCCUUAACUUGGGUUCCUGAAUUUCCUUCAGCUCCGUGCAGCUCCAUCCAACAAUCAUGUCUUACUCGCCCUGAUUAUUGCAACGACCUGUCCGCUUGUCCUUGACCGCCGGCGUCUAUAUUGUCAGCCAACAAAACAUAUCGCCCUGGAAGUCCGGACAGGGUCUCGAAUCUGGCCGCCGCCUCGUAUACCCUCGCCGUUUGCGAGAUCUCACUUCUACCAUGAACAACAACACCAACGGACUGCGCACGCAGUAUCCUUACGGCAUGGAAGCUCUUAGUCCUCGACCGCUGUACGAUUUCCCGUCUCCCACCUCGAAUUAUCCCUCCGGAUUCGGCGCAUCGCCGGGCUUUGUACCGUCCUCAGCUUUCCAGGGUUCCCCAAGGUUCGGCAGCAGCGUAUUCAUACCUCCUCCAGAUGUCUUCUUGGACGGGCGCAAAGAUGCAGACCAAUUCGGAGGCGUGGACGCUGUGCGUGACUUCCGCGCAAGGCGCUCAGCCAUGCUGAACAGCGAUCCAGUCGCUAUGCACUUGUUGGUGGAGACAGCCAUGGGGGACAGCCAGAACUUUGAUAUCCUAUCCGUGGAAGAGGUGGAGGCUCUGAAGCAGGAGCAGAAGGUAUUGGACGGGAAGCUGAAUACUGUGAGGAAGAGGUUGGAGUCAGAGACGAAGAUUCGUGACGCUACAAAGUCGUUAACGCGGCUGACCACCAAGAAGAAUGGACACCGCAGAGGCUUCAGCAGCCGUGGAAGCAAUCCAAGCAAGGAAGACAUUGUAGUUUCGGACGAAGGAUUGGACACGAUCAAUAAGAAAGUCGACGACUUAUCGCGCGAAUAUCUUGAGAUCGAAUCGCGCAUGCGAUUGAUCGAUGCUCAGCUGCUUAUGCACACGGCCGGAGUGCUACAACUGACACAUAGCGGCCCGACUAAAAAGGUUCAAAGAUCACAGGAAGCGAAUGGUGGAGUCCAGAGACCUGAUAGUCCCGCAAGCAUUUACAACUAUGAAAGCAACCGUAGCCUUGGUCCCGAUGGUGAGGACCAUUUCGACGACAGGAGCUUAUACCGAUCACCAGAGAACCUCGACGUUCUUAUGAAUGCCCUCCAGAAUGGAACACACCUCCACUCCGAGACUGUGGGACAACAAAGUCAAUCUUUGGAUGCCACCGCAAAGCGCCUAGAAGACCUGAAUGAGCGGUUACGAGAACUUAUUGUCCAGGCGAAUCCAGAGAAGAAUCAGGAAUACGCAUUGCCUCCUCAGAGUAACGGAGCACCUGAUGCAUCUUCAAUGGAUCAGCAACUUGAUUUCCUCGACCAAGGUCUCCGGGACAUGCGAGCGGAGCAUGCAAACAUCAAAAAUGGCUCCAAGCACGCCUUGAACGCCGUCGAGGGCCGCCUCGAAGGCAUCAACAACCAGCUUUACGCUCUGGUCAGCAGGAACGAUGAAAAGGCGAAACCUCCUCCUGCGAUCUCCGGGGGAGGUGCGCAGGAGCAACUCAACUACAUGGAAGACUCGUUUUACACCGUUGAACAAGCUCAAUACAUUCUCACUGAACAAAUCGAGGAUCUUCGAACGAACGCCAACAACAACAAAGACGUAGAUCAAUACGAAACCACGCUCAUCGGACUUUGGGACAUCAUUAGAGCUGGCGAAGAAGAGGCACGCAAGAGGAAACAACAGCGACGUGAAAUGCUUGCUGCUGAUCCCGAUGCCGACGAGGAAUUAUCUCCAGACGAGGAUCCAGGCCCGGAGCAGUUCUCGCUCAUGGCAUUCUCGGCAAAGGUGCAGAUGCUUUACAGUCGCGCGUCUUCGCUCAAGGAUAAGCAAAGUAUCCUGGUCCGUCAAAUCAAGCAACAACGCGAGUUGAACAGCCGCUCCGAUGCCCAAAAGGAAGAGCAAUUUGAUCAACUCAAGGAACAAGUGCUCAGUGCCCGCUCAGAGAAGGCUUCGAUGGAGAAGGAGCUCGAACGUGCGAUGGGCCAUCUUAAAGAGUUUGACCAGCAGAAGGUCGAAUCGGACUCUAAAGCCCUCCGCGAGGCAGAGCAGCAAAUAGAGUCGCUUGAAAUGCAGCUCAAGGAAUUCGAUCGAGAGAAGAUAGAAGCUGAAUCGCGGGCGCUCGACGAGGCAGAGAAGCGUAUAGGAAUUCUUGAGAAGCAACUCAAAGCAGCCCAGGAAGAAGCCCUGGUCGAAGCAGCAGCCAUACAAACGGAACGUUCGCAAGACUCAAAUAAUGUCAACGAGGCCAAGGCAGCACUUAAGGCCGCUAUUGCGGAUAAGGAGGCUAUCCAAGCUGAACUAUCGCAAGUGUCUGCCAGGGCAAACGAGUCAGACAAUGCGCGCCGAGCUGCGGUCGCAGAAAAGGAGGCAAUCAGUUCAGAGCUUGAUCAAGCUGCCGGGCGUCUGGAUGAAGUUUUGGUGGCUCUUCGGACUGCGUCAUCCGAACGGGAAGCCGCCGAAGCUCGUAGCACAGAGGCCACCAAAAACCUCAAGGCCAAGGAGGACGAACUUUCAAGCCUCGAAAGUGAAGUCGUUCGCCUUACCACUGAACUUACCUUCGCCAAAGCUGAACUUGAUGGCGCGUAUGGUACACGAGCCGAACGAGCUGCUGAAAGCGCUGCCAGCCCAGAGCUGAAGAAAGAACUCGAGGACCUUGUUGCAAAGAAUGCAUCGAUGGCUACUGAAAUCCAAAGUCUUCGUAAGAUGGCAGAAGCAGCAUCACAGAGUGAGGCCGAAGCAAGGGAUUCAGAGAGGAAUCUCAAGCAAGAGUUGUCCGGGAUGGCAUCAGAGUAUGAGCAGUUGACUCGCGAUUCAAUUCAGAAUGAAAAGGAUCGCGAAAGCCUUGAAGCAAGCAUCGACAAACUCCGUGACGAUAAGGAGGCUCUCGAGAUGGAGAUCUCGGAUGAACGCGUCAAGUGGCUCGGCGUAAGGAGUCCCAGUGUAGCGAAUGGCGCUGCAACAAUAGAAGCUACUUCCAUCCGCAUGCUGAGAGAAGAUUUCCGCAAGAUGAUGCGGGAUAGGACCGCUGAAGGUCUAAAAGCACUCAGGAACGAACAAGAAGAACGACGCAAAUUAGAAGCAUUGAUUCGCACUCUGCGAAAGGAGUCGGCGCCUCAGAAAUCCAGUCUCAGCAAAUCGCUGACACCUGCAUGAAAUCACGACAGAAAUAUUUUCGCUGUUUAGACUCGGCUUCGCAUUGCAUAUCCUCCGCAUCUUACUUAUAAUCCGUUGAAUGCAUAGCCUGGUCCCUUCGAGACCCUAUUUAUCAUACCCUUUAAGCUGUGUGUAGUUUUAUAUUUCUUACCAUUUUGCAUCGAGGAGCCUGUUGGAUUGUUCCCUCUAUACGGUGCGCUAGGCGUUAUUUCCUUUUGAAGCAAGCAUGACAAUAAUGGCCGGAUAGCUAUCAACUGAUCCAUGAUUGCCGGGAGCAUUGUAUCAUCAGUCUAAUGCUGUAUGUUGCACGAGCAUGAACAUUAGAUAGCUGCUCUUCAGUGAGUUCUACCAGAAAUGGGAACCAUGACGUAAGUUUAUGAUUUGUUCAACGUAUGUUUUGGAUGUCUCAAAUGCGAAUAACAAUGUCCACAUGCAUUGCCGAUGUCAAUACCGAAUGUCCAAGUUAAUUUGUUCCGU